AUGAGUUCUACACCUCGAAACAUGGCUGAUGCAACUUCAGCUUUUAUCGUUCAUGACGAGCGUUUUCGCAAGCUCAUAGAUAACCCAACUUUGGAAGUGCUAGUUGAAAACGAGACAUACCCAUUUGCUCACGAGGCUGGCGUUUUCAUCGAGUCUACUAAUGAGCUGUUUGUCACGAGCGCGCGCAUCAAAGAUCCUGGUUCACAGGGACAGCGAGUUCAGAUUUCGAAAGUGAUAUUGGGAGAUGCAACCACUUCGGCUAAACAAGAGGAAAUUGAUUCUUCUCGGGUCACGAUGGGCAAUGGUGGUGUCAACUACGGCGACGAUGGAAUUCUGUUUUGUGCCCAGGGGUCGCUCGAUGUCCCAAGUGGCUUGUACGAGAUGAAAGUGCGCCCCCCAUACAAUGUGCACGCGGUCGUGACAAGCUUCUACGGCCGACAAUUCAAUUCCGUCAAUGAUGUGGUUAUCCAUAGUGACGGAUCUAUCUGGUUUACGGAUCCCGCAUACGGAUUUGAACAAGGCUUUCGACCGCGUCCGCAGCUACCCAGCCAGGUUUAUCGCUACGAUCCCGUGAGCUCGGGAAUUCGAGCUAUGUCCGAUGGGUUUGGUCACCCAAAUGGGAUUUGCUUUUCGCCAGAUGAAAAGACUCUAUAUGUGACCGACACAGACCGCAUCCACGGGGCAGGAGUUUUUGAUGAUGCCAAGGCUUCAACAAUAUACGCAUUUGACCUGAAUACUCGUCAUGGAGAGCCAUGUCUUGAGAACAGGAGACUCUUUGCUAUGGCAGAUUCUGGAAUCCCAGAUGGAAUCAAGUGCGACCUCUAUGGUAACGUGUACAGCGGAUGUGGAGAUGGACUGAAUGUCUGGAGCCCAGGUGGCACUUUGAUCGGUAGAAUUCUGGUCCCAGAAGGUGUGGCAAAUUUUUGUUUCGGACGACUUGGUGAAAUUUUUAUUCUCAACGAAAACAAGAUCUGGAGAGCCCGACUAGCUAGUCAUGUCAAGGGGGCGCUUUUGCGAAUUUAA